AUGGUGGACGUAAAAGCGAAACCAUUCUCGGACGAAAAACGAUGGGUUGUGAUUUAUCCAACGUAUAUAGACUCUAAAAAGUCGUUACAACAAGGUCGGAAAAUUCCUAAAGGGAUGGCAGUUGAGAACCCUACAUCAGUUGAAAUUUUCGAUGUUCUAACAGCAAGCGGUCUGAAUCCCGUGCUUGAGCGAGGCAAACUCCAUCCUCGUGAACAAGAUCGUGAAAUAGAGAAGCUCGGUCGGGUACGUGUAAUGCUUAAGAAUGAUGAUGGAACGAUAAAGAACAAAGACUAUCCCUCCAGAGCCGCAUUGUAUAAAUACGUAGCUUCAAUGAUCCCUAAAUUGAAAACUCGGCAACCUGGAUAUGUGGCUUCUAGUUCUUCUGCGGGUGCUGCUACUGCCAAGAAAAACAAGAAGAAGAAGUGA